AUGGCGUCCAGCUGGGAAGAGGCCCUCCAGGCCCAAUCCACUACACUGGCUCUGCUGACCAACCUGGGAUGGUCAGUCAACUGGGAGAAGUCCUCACUUGAGCCCAGCCAGGCCAAGGAGUUCCUUGGCCUCAUUGUUGACAUGAUGGUGGAGCUGAGAUUCUGUAUCAAGCUGUCCCAGGCAGCGAUCCACAACCUUGAGGAGUGGUUGGCAGGCCUCUCCAAGUGGGAUGGGAGAGUGGUGUUGACCUGGCCCUUAGACUCAAGCACUACUUCCAUGGGCUGGUGGAAGCAUUGCAGCCAACACAUCAACAAGUUGGAGCUCAAGGCAGUCCACCAAGCCCUGAAAGCCCUCCUCCCCUGCCUGUGGGGGAAAUUGAUUCUCCUCCACUGCAACAAUGUCACUGCAGUUGUGUACAUCAAACACCUUGUGAUGAAUUGCAUGACCCACAAGAUAUUUGACCUGUGUGAGCACCACAACAUCCAAUUGUUGGCCAUACACCUCCCAGGCGUUGAGAACAACAGAGCUGACCACCUCAGCUGGCUCUACCCCCAGCACAAGUGGAGGCUAGCCUCUUCCACUUCAUCAACCACAACUGUUGAUGCCACUGCUCAGGACUGGUGUGGGGAGACCAACUGGGCAACUCCCCCUAUCACCCUUAUCCCAUGUGUGCUACGCCUCCUCCAACAACAACACACGUCAGCCACAAUCAUCACACUGGUGUGGCCUGGCAGACCAUGGUUCCAGGACCUCUGCCAGAUGUCCACAACACCCCCAAUCCCAAUCCCCAACAUCCCAGACUUGUUCAAGUGGCAGGGCCUUCUACCCCCCAAACCCCUGCACAAUCCCCACUGGCGCUGGGCAGCCUUCAAGAUCUGUGGAGACACAGAACAGAAGGCUGGUCUGGGCUGGCACUAA